AUGCCCGCCACUCGAAAUCAACGUGCUCAGCGACCAGUAUCAGUAGCCAUACCACCAGCACGCCGUUCCCAUCGCACUCAAGCGCCCCGUGCCUCAGGAACAACCACAAUGGUUCCUUUGUCCAGUUCUCCUCAGCCAGCAACAGCUGCUCCUCUUGCUCCAGCCUCGGCUAUCACGCCCCAACAGUUCCAAGAGAUCGUCAGCUCCGUAACCGCAGAAGUGACUCGACGCCUGCAAACUGUAGCAACUCCAGUGCCUGGUGUCCACGCAGUCCCAUCGAGUUCUCCUUCUGCACCUGCUGCCUCAGUUACGGAAUCGCCUAUUGUCCGCAUCUUAGAGCAUGUUGCGACUCCUCCGACGGCUGUGGUGCAACUUGCUGUUUCCAACGCUCUUGGUUCGGCCCAAGCCACAAUUUCAGGUGAGACGUUUUUGGCGCCUAAUUCUAGCCAUGUUCAACUAACGAAGGAAUAUCACUCUAUUAGUUUACCUAUAGACUGUCGGAUUUCCAUUAAACUUAAAAAUAAAAUUUGGAAUGAUGAAUACAUCAAUUUCGGGUCUUUGUUGAGCAAUCCAAUGUCAGAUAACAAAUUCCAAUUGAGCUUUAGCUCUUCUGACACCGGUUUACCACCAUCUCUUUCAGUAGAGCCGAUAAGUAAAGCCAAGAAAAUAACAAAUAUUUCUGUUUGGAUGAGUGCGCUUCGUAUUUUUGUAGGGGUUUUAUGCUCAAAAGUAUCCUCAUGAGUCCCCCGCACUCAUGAAAUACGGGGAUAUAGUACAGGACUUGGCAGAUCGGGGUCACAAUUGGCGGUUCUAUGAUGAAAACUUUCGCUUUUUGCGUCAAACCCAGCGUAGUUUGUUGUCUUGGGCCAAUGUUCACUGGGAAUUGUGGCUGCGAUCGCAGCAUACUUCGCAAAAAUCACCCAGUACAAUGCAACGUGCCCCGUCUACCCAUUCUGGUAAGGCGCUGCAAAAUUCAAUUCCUCAAGGCUACUGCUUCAAGUUUCACAAAGGAGAGGCUUGUUCUGGGUGUGAAUUUAAACAUUCCUGUUUUAAGUGUGACGGCCUACACCCUAGCCUUAAAGGUAAUUUUCGUGGCCAACUCAAGCGAGAUUUUCCCAGACCAACCCGUAAUUCUGCCAAGUCAGGUGCUGCUCACAACGCCAAUCAACCUAAAUCGGCUUGAGCCAUAUUUAAACGGCUAUUUUCCAGACAUAAUUUCUAUGCUCGUUUCUGGUUUUACUCAUGGUUUUGCAUUACAUUUUUCUGGUGUUGUUAAUACCCAAGAAGGCAAAAAUCUGCCUUCGGCUUUAGCUAAUCGAACCGUGGUUGAUUAAAAACUUGCUAAAGAACUGUCAGCUCUCAGGCUUGCAGGGCCUUUUACUGCCGCGCCAUUUCACCCAUUUAGGGUUUCUUCGUUAGGUCUAGUCCCAAAAAAGACAAUAGGCGAAUUUCGUUUGAUUCACCAUUUGUCCUUCCCGCGCGGUUCUUCUGUCAACGAUGGCAUAGCUACCGAAAACACUAGCGUGCACUAUGCCACAGUUGCAGAUGCUAUUCGUUUAAUUAAACUCGCGGGACCUGGAUGUUUUCAUGCAAAAACCGACGUGAAGAACGCUUUUCGCAUUAUACCAAUUCGACCGUCCGACCAUUAUCUGUUGGGCAUGAAAUGGCACGGACAGUAUUAUUUCGAUCGCUAGUAGGUAACCCCCCCCCCCCCCCCAUAUACUGUCAGAAGUAAUUAGUAUUCAAGCGAAUGACGUCAGCAGGGGGUGUACGUCUGGGCGUUCAUACUUAGUGUACGUCCAAGCGUUCGUACUUUGCGUGCGUAUUUACUGUACGUCCGAGCGUUCGUACUUAGUGUACAUUCACAAGAAAAUAGAGAACAGCAGUUUGUUUUAUUCAAGUUCCCACAGUAUUACAACAAUUUAAAUGUUUCUUCCAAUACGAAAGCCAACUUAACUUAUUUAUUCUUAUAAUCAACUCUCUAUUAGCAUGAGUACAAUGAUUAAUCAUCAAAAAGUUUAUAUUCCACAUAUAUUUUACGAUAACUUUUCUCGUAUGAAAGAUUACAUUGUAGAGCGGCAAGGAUAAUUUUUAACUUGCCCAAAGACAAGGCGUCAAGUGUAGUACUUAAGCAUGACCACUGGUCAUCAUUUUUUACAUAUUAUAAACUAGAUACCUUUGCAUUGAUUUAUAAAACAACUAACUGACAUGCUUCCAUAUGCAAUGUCUAAAGGCAUUGUAAAGAAACGUUGCAGCGGCUACUCCCUUAGGUGUUUUAAUAAUUCCAAGGUUUAACACCAGAUACAUGAUGGACUCGGUCGAAUACCGAGGUUCUGUGUUGUCGAAUUUUGUACAUUAUAAUGAACAGGGAGUAGAACAUCAUCAACUUAAAUAUUUAAAAGAACAGUUACGUUUGAGUAGCUACUUUAUAGACUUUAAGUUCGAUGUUGCCUCUGCCUCAACUAUGUUAUAUAUUUAAUUUAAUUAGUACAUGUACAUCUAAUAUUUCAUUUUCAUUUUCAUAGUUAACUCAUAG